GCUGAUGCCAUCUCGGCCUUGAAGGCAGCGCUAGGCCGGUGCCCCUGUGCCACAGCCUGCGAGCAGGGGCCAGGCACAGCCGAGGGUGUCAUCUCUAAGGUGCACCUGAAGAGCUUCGUGGAGCAGCAGGGCUUGCUGGGCUAUGACCCCAAUCUAGAUGUGCUUCUCGUAACAGAGAGGACACUGCAGUCCUUGGCUGAGCUGCAGGAAGCUGUUCUGCAGUGCCCAGCCAAAGGCCAGAGCAGUUGCUGCAGCAUCGUGCACGUGGUGAACUGUGAGGAGGAAUUCCAACAGCAGCAGCUGGAUGUGCUCUGGAGAAUUUUGGAUCCGGGAGCCCACACAGCUUUGCAGAAACACCUUGUCUGCGGGCCAGUGAAGGUGACCAACCCCUCAUCACCCAUUGGGGCAGACCAGUACUUCCAGCUCCGGAAGCGCCAGAUGUAUGAGGCCUCCGUGAUCAAGUAUGGGGAGCUUGCACAAGAUGAGGCCUGGACAGAGGUGAUUGAUACCCUGACAGUGGCUGCCAUCAGGUUUGAGAUGCUGAGCACUGCUCACCGGAGUCAGAUCACCCUGGACCUGGAGAACAACAGCAUCUCCACAAAGGGAACAAAGAGUGGUGCCUUUGUGAUGUACAACUGUGCCCGGCUGGCCACACUCUUCAGCACCUUUCAGCGGGCUGUGGAGCAGGGCACAUACCCACCUCUGCCACCAGUGUCUGAACUGAACUUCUCCUGCCUCCGAGAAGAGGGUGAAUGGCUCCUGCUCUUCAACUAUCUCCUGCCCUUCCCUGAAGUCCUGCAGCAGGCAGCACAGCUGUCCCCACCCUCCAAGGGGAUCCGGAUCACUGCCAGCACAGAGACAGUGUGCAAGUUUCUGAUCCAGCUCAGCAUGGAUUUCAGCUCCUACUACAACCGGGUGCACAUCCUGGGGGAGCCGUUCCCUCAUCUCUUUGACCAGAUGUUUGCUCGCCUCCAGCUGCUGGGAGCAGUGAGGGAUGUGUUCCACAGCGCCCUGGCAACCCUGCACCUCCCUCCCCUCAGCCAGAUCUGAGCCAGCCCUGAAGAGCUGGACCAUGGUGUGACAGUCACCUACACACCACACCUUGGCAGGAGAACAGGGCACACUGUCCUGGCAGGGCAAGGGCUGCUCCAGUGGCAGGUAAGGCACAGUUCAGCCCCAUGGAGGCAUUUCCUUCCCAUGGUGUUUGGGGAUUGGUCUGUGCUCUCUGCAGCUGUGCCCAGUGUGGGACAUGGAUGCCCCUCCACAUUCACACCAGCAGAAGGGAAAAGGGCUCCCAUGGCACCCCAGAAAGAUGGGCUGGGAGUACUGGGGAGGUGGCAGCAGGGACCAGUCACCACAAAGACAGACAAAUGCCAACUUCACUUCCCUCAAAACUUUAUUGAAAGGUGCUCCGUGCUGGCAGGGAGCUCCUGAGGCUCCUGGUUCCUGUUGGGCUCUGAGCCAGGCCCCAGUAUUGGGGUCCAAUACACUUGUUGCUGGACAACCCUUC